AUGACUGUUAGAGAAUGUAGUGUGGAGUUCGAUUCCUUAGCUAGAUAUGCCCCUACUAUUGUGCAGGAAAUGGAAGAUAGAGUUCACCGAUAUCUUUAUCACCAUGACCAGUACCUUACUGCUGAGCCUGAGCGGCGACUAACUAAGUCAGCAAAUGGAGAGGCUCUUUCAUCUCUUGUCCUGAGGCAUCUGGUGGAGGAACUGGGGGUGUCAGAGUUGGGGCUGAGGCUCCCUCAUGCUGUUCUGAAACAGAAUGCAGAUGCUAAGACCCCGGCUCUUCAGUCUGUACCAGUUGUUAAUAAACUCCCAGAGGUUUUUCCUAAUGAUCUUCUCGAAGUUCCUCCUGGUAGGGAGAUUGACCUUGGAAUCGAUUUACUUCCCGACACCAAGCCGAUAUCUAUUCCUCCAUAUAGAAUGGAUCCAGUAGAUUUGAAAGAUGAGACUGACCGUGCAGAAUAUCUCAGAAUAGUGUUGCAGACACUUCAGGAUAGCAAGCUUUAUGCUAAACUCUUGAAGAGUGAAUUUUGGCUAAAAUUUGUAGCUUUUCUAGGCCAUGUGGUCUCUGGAGAAAGCGUCAAGGUUGAUUUUCAAAAAAUAAACGUUGUGAAGAACUGGCUCAGACCCACUUCAAUAAUAGAGAUAAGAACUUUCUUUGCUUUAGUUGGGUAUUACAAACGUUUCGUGGAGGGAUUCUCUUCUAUCUCAGAUCGGUUGACUAUAUUGUUCUAUCUCAAAGGGAACCGAUGGUUGAAGGAAGGUAUUCACAAGCAUAAAGUAAUGGCUUUUAAACAAGGGGAGAUGAUGGUGAAAGAUGAGCACCAGAGACCUGGUGGGUUGGCUAGAACAUAG